UGAUUCCAAAAGGUCGCAGGUGUCGUGAGAGAGAUGGUACAGUAACUACACCUGUUAGAAGAGCCGUGUAUCUACAACCAAGGAGGGAUCCACUGAUAAGAAAUACAGUGCCAUAUUGUGAGUGCACUUCACAGUAAAGGGAAUCAUACUUUUCUUUACUUAUACCUUUACUUAAAGACAGACGCUAACAAAAUGGCAGCUUCAUGGUAUCUGGUUCUGGUGGUAUCCUUGGCGGGAGUCAUGUUGGCUAACUCUCAGUCCACUGACACUGAGAAGUGUACCUACGGAGGUCGGGAGUACGUUCAGGGGGAACAAUGGGUUGCAGAUGGGUGUGGUCUUACGUGUUACUGUUCCUCGGCAGCCCUCAACGCCAGUUUCUGCUUCGAUAAAUGUCAAAAGUUCACCCACCUGCCAGAAGGCUGCAAGAUGGAGGUCACAGCCGGGGAAUGUUGUCCGCGUCCUAAAUGUGACUGGAUGGGCAAGUGUACGUACAAGAACAAGGCGUACGACCAGGACGAAGAGUGGGACGACGGCUGUGACUACCGCUGUAAGUGUGUGGACAGCACCAACAGCUUUGUGCAGUGCAGGAGCAAAUGUCCCACGUACACCAGUAUCCCGUCACAUUGUCAGCUGGUCAGUGUCCCCAACAAGUGUUGUAAGGAGCUCAGUUGCACAGGAGCUUCAGGGACAGGCGUGCAGGUCGUCCCGGCAGGAGGCAGCACAGGCAAUGGCGGGAACCCGUCAGGUGCAGGACAGUCCUCGGGGGUUAAGGAUAACUUUGUUCCUCCGGCGGUUGUCGUUCCCAAUGAGCCACCAUGUAAAGACAUCAGAGACGACUGUCCCAGUUUCACCAGAUAUGCGUGCUACGGCCAGUACACUUCCUGGGCCAAGACCAACUGUGCCAGAUUCUGCGGCUAUUGCCCGACCACUGGCGGGAACUCUAAGGGAGCUCCGUGUUGGUUCCCGUACAUUUACAACGGAGAGAACGUGACCACGUGCGUCCUGACGGGGAACAAUCAGCCCUGGUGUGCCACCACGGGGAGCUACGACAAGGACACCAAGUGGGGGAACUGCCAUUCAUCGAUGAUGGAUGCGUUCUGCAGUAACAAGGUCUCGAACUGUGGUCUGUACGGCAAGUCUGCGUGUCAGGGCGGCUUUGAGGAGUGGGGCAAGACAAACUGUGCCAGAUACUGCGGCUGGUGUGACGUGGUUCAGACGCCUAAGGUGAACACUCCGCAAGUGCGACCAGCCUUGGGAUAAGAACGGAACGAACGCUCUUCUUCUUUAUAAUGUGUUGCACAUCAGACAAUUAAAGUGAAACUAAUUAAUUACUAGUUCCAAGUUUGUAGAAAUAUGAGGGAUGAAUAAAGUCCAAACGGCCUAAGCUGAAAAACCAUUCCGGAAGACUAAGUAUAAUAGCGAGUUCAAUGUGUGUAGUGAUACGUAUACAUGAAUGCAGUAAAUAAAAUUAACAUUUUAUUUUCGUUUUUACCUGCGGCCCAA